GCGGGAGCGGGACGCGGAGCCGGCCCCCGGAGCCGUGGCCGAGCCGCUGUCAUCUCCUGGGCACCCGGAGGCAUGGCCGAGCACAUGAUGAUGCCGAUGAGCCACGGCGGCGCCGGGCUGCAGGGCUACCGCAUGGGGGUGAGCGGGCUGCAGGGACCCCCGCAGCACGGGCAGCAUGUGCUCAGGACGCUGCCCAGCGCCGCUCAGAUGAUGCCCUACGGAGGGGCUGGCAUGGACGGGGCCAUGAGGCCGAGGGCCAGCCUCAGCGGACAGAUGGGCCACCACCAGAUGCAGAACGCGAUGAUGUUCAAUGGGCCGGGGCAGCAGCAGCAGUACAUGGGGCCGGUGGGCACGCAGCAGCUCAUGGCCAGCAUGCACCUACAAAAACUCAACACCCAGUACCAGGGGCACCCGCUGGGCGUGAGCAACGGGCCCAUGGGAGCGGGGGGCCAGCAGUACAGAGUGGGGCCGGGCCAGCACCCGGGCAUGCAGCACAUGCCCUCACCGGCGCUGACUUUGAAUGUUAUGGACACUGAUCUUAUAGACGAGGAGGUCUUGACGUCCCUUGUCCUGGAACUGGGCUUGGACCGGAUUCAGGAGCUGCCAGAGUUAUUCUUGGGACAGAACGAGUUCGACUUCAUUUCAGACUUUGUUAGCAAACAGCAACCCAGUGCCAUCAGCUGCUGAGGGGCUUUGAGCUCCUCCUUGUGUCUUGGUGGUUUUGAGUUUGUUUCUAACUUUUCCCCACCUGCCAUCCUCCUCCCUUCCCCUGCCUUGCCCUCUCCCGGAUUCCUGCCCUCCCCAAAGGGACAAUCAUCGGACACUGGCUUGCAAUGGAUUGCUUUUCUCUUCUGUGUGUUUUUUUUUCUGUGUGGGAGUUUCUGGAGAGGGGGUUGGUGCGCCCCAAACAGAGAGCAGAUCAAGAGCUCCUGCUGUAGAACUGCCUCUAAAUGACAUUAACAGGAUUUCUGGCUUAAGUAGAAAUAAUGGACUUACGACUUUCCUCAACCAGGCUUGGAGCACAAGAAGCCAUAGGCAGCUGGCAGCCCUGCUGGUAGCUGGAUUUGCUCGUGGAAUCCGUGGUGCCAGUGGAGUUGAAGGAUCCUGAGAGAGAAUUGUCUCCCUGGUGCAUGGUUUGAACCAGUUUUCCCUUGCAGCCGUGGGUGGGGUUAGUUAUUUGUUGGGAUGUUUUACUGUGACAGUAAAUAGGUCUUCAGUCGUGUCUGUUCAGCUCGGGAAGGGGCACUUCCCCAUAGCAGGCUUUUUUUUCUAACUCGCAAAAAUAAAGUAUGCCUUGGGGAAGGGUGUGCGUUUGUGCCUAAAUGUUCAUCUCCGUGGAACUUCAGAUCUCGGACCUGUACUGCUAAUCAGCUGUAAAAUUUACCAAGUGUUUGAGGUUGAUUCAGGCAUGAGGCUUAAAGCUGCAGUCUGGCUCCACUUUUUUCCACCUCUGAAACCAAAUAAAGACCAUGUAACUGUA